UCUAUUUCACGUGACCGUGCUCGAAGGUUCGUGCGUGUGGCUGGAAGGGACGGGGUGGCUCGGUGGCGCGUCCGGUCUGUUAAGUACUACCCUCACUGUCUCCGCCAUCCUCGUCUUGCCCGCCGCCAUACGACUUGCUCUCUCAAUUACUUACGCCUUCUCGCGAUGACAACCUGGGCAUACUCUCCAAGCGCUCAUCCCUGGUUCCGCGAGCCCUCCCUGAAGCGCAAAACACUCGAGGACGACGACAUCUCUGUGGUCGAGUUCCCCCAGACGCGUCCCGUCGCACCGCGUCCGAAGCGUCGCAGGUGCGACAACAUCGAGCAUGGGCUCGCUCAGAUGACACUGAAUCAUCCCGUCGUCUCAUCGCCACCAGCUGAGCCCCAGUUCGUGCCCCUCGUCGAGCCGCCGUACGCGCUACAAUACGCCUACUCUGAGUCCACAGCGCAUGCUCCAUCAGUACAAGAAGUCCCGUCGUCUCCACGCCCUCUAUUCUCGAUGGGCUUCCCUUCGCGUGUGGUCCUCCCCGGCUCUGUCGAGGAGCCAGCGUCCCCCGAGCAAACGAGGGAUAUCCCGGACGUCAGGAUGAAGAUACCCUCUUGGUACGAACCGGAGAAGGACCGUAUCGUCAUCACGGAUCUCGAGGACUCGGACACGGACGACCAGGAGGAGACACAAGGUCCGAACGCGGACGCAGGGUACACCGUAUCUUCUGCGCUCCUGGAUCGCUUGCCGAUACAUGCUCCAUCCUUGCCUCUACCUAACCUCUCAGACUCGGAUUCUAGAAAGGCACUCGUGUUGUUCAGACCAUUGGUCGUGCCGAGUGCCGUUGAAACGGAGCCAGAGGAGAGCAGUGAGGACGACGUUGAGCCGGAUGUACCAACGAUGGACUUGGACACACCAAUGGAUGUAGAUGACGCCAUGGACGUAGAACCACUGUAGCAAUCCACUAAUACAAGCGUUGCGAAUGGAACGGGCGAAAAACA